AUGGCGGCACAAGAGAACCUCCAGAGGGCUGCGGUUCUCGUGGCCCCCAGCAAGAACCCCGAGUUCAACGUCCAGCUCGUGCCCCGGCCCGUCCCCGGGCCCAACGAAGUCCUCGUCCGCCUGUCGCUGACCAGCAUCUGCGGCUCCGACUACGGCCUGGCGUCAGGCGAGCUGGGCGAGACGCGCACGAUCCUGGGCCACGAGGGCGUGGGCCGCGUCGUCGAGCUGGGAUCCGGCGUGCCCGCGAUCGACCCGUCGGUGCAGGUCGGGCAGCGCGUGGGCGUCGGCUGGGCGCGCGACGCCUGCGGCGCCUGCGGGUGGUGCACGACGCUCGCGCAGGACGGCGAGACGCGCUGCGCCGAGCGCGUGACCUCGGGCCGCGUCGUCGACGGCACGUUUGCCGAGUACACCGUCGUGCCGGCGCGGUACCUGUGCCGCAUCCCCGCGGCCUACGACGGCGUGCCGGACGAGCACGUCGCGCCCGUGUGCUGCGGCGGCGUGACGGCGUACAAGGCCAUCAAGGGCUGCGGCGUCGUGCCGGGCCGCUGGAUCGCCGUGUCGGGCGCCGGCGGCGGCGUCGGCGCGCUGGCCGUCGCGUUCGCGCGCGCCAUGGGGUACCGGGUCGUCGGCGUCGACGCCGGCGCCGACAAGGGCCGCUUCUGCCUCGAGCAGGGCGCCGAGCACUUUGUCGACAUCACGGCGCUGGCCGCGGGCGAGGACCCGGGCCCCGAGGUCAGGCGGCUGACGGGCACCGAGGGCGUCGACGCCGUCAUCGUCACCUCGGGCGCGGCCGCGGCCUACCAGGCCGCCUUCUCCAUGCUGGGGCCCUUCGGCACGCUCAUGUGCGUCGGCCUGCCGCCGGCGGACCGCCUCGUCCACUUCCACCCGGCCAUGUGCGUCGCCUUCGGGUGGCAGGUCAAGGGCUCGGCCGUGGGCACGCGGCGCGACAUCCUCGAGGCGCUCGAGUUUGUGCGCCGGGGGCUCGUCACGCCCCGGACGGAAUGGGGCCGGCUGGAGGACAUGACGACGCUGCUGGAGAAUGUCGUGCGCGGCAAGAUCUUGGGCAAGUAUGUGAUCAAGCUGGACGGCGAGGAUUCAUCAAAGACGACCGAAGCUCCGGCCUCGUGA